UCACGCUAGUUCUAAAAUAAAAUGGUAUCCUGUACAUGAAGUUUUGACUUUACCGUGUCUCAUAUAUUUGCUACUAAAAUUGGAUAGUAAAUUAUUUGCAUUCAUCAAUUCCUGUUAUCUUAUUAGUGUUUAGAUAUGCGUUAUGUUGAAUUGUAGUCAAUCUAGUCCAGAAAUUUGUCGCUUUUGCGUGGCGUCUUUUGCGCAGGUGCGCCCAUAGUUGAUGAUGAUAUGGAAAAAAAAUCAGUAUGGCGCCUACUGUUUACGGCGAUUGUGCGUGAUAUUUGUAAUAAUUAUAAACGUAGGAAUUUGUAUUAUUAAUCUAAUAAUGUUUUGAAUCGACAAUUUUGUGUCUUAUUUAUUGUUCAUUUGUGACGGUGUCUUUUUAAAGGAUACUAUUAUAUUAGGCUAUGUGAUUGAAAACUGAUUACAUUCAAUUGCUCAAAUGAAACAUUGAAAGAAUGACCCCCUGAUUCACAGUUGCUUAACUUCAGUGUUUAGAAUUCUCUCCUUCGAUGGAGGAAAAUCAUUGAGUCCAGUUGAACAGAGUGUUAAAAGAUGAAGAAGAGCAAAGCAUAGUCAGAACAGUAUAUUUAGCAGCAUCGAGUGAGCAGCGUUCUUCAAAAGUUGCCUAACACCGUAUAGAGUUUCAACUUCCAUGACGGGAUGAGUACAACUGUAGGUGAUGGAGGGGGAGGUGUUAAUCAUCAGAUUCCACGGGGAAAGAAUACAUCUCCUCAUGGAUCACCCACCCCCAUGGAUAAAACAACCCUAAAAAUUCAUUUACCAAACGGUGGAUUCAAUGUGGUCAAAUUUGGUGAUGCAAUUGAUGUCAAGGGUAUAAUAUCGCUGGUGACGAGUCGAUUAGCCGUUGGCACCAGACACUAUAAAAAUCUUUAUGCAAUGAGACUACAUCAUUCUGCAUCUGAUGAAUGUUACUGGCUCCAUCAAGAUACAACAAUGUUUCAAGUUCAAGAGAAAUAUGAACGAAAACAUCCUCAUUCUGAAUGGCGAUAUGAAUUAAGGGUUCGCUAUUUACCUCAAAAUCUUAAUGAUUUAUAUGAAAAAGAUAGAGUGACAUUUUACUACUAUUAUGAUCAGGUGAGAAAUGAUUAUUUGAGUGCAAAUCAUUCGAGCCUGGAUCAAGACACGUCGGUUCAGCUCUGUUGUCUUGAAAUUCGUUAUUUCUUCAAAGAUAUGCCGCAAGUAGCUCUUGAUAAGAAAAGUAAUUUGGAAUACCUUGAGCGAGAGAUUGGACUACACAAAUUUCUUCCACGAUCUCCCCUCAAUGGUGCUAAACCAAAAACCUUGCGUAAGCUUAUACAACAGCACUUCAAAAAAAUUGCAGCUCUCACAGAAUUAGAGUGUAUGUUAAAAUUUUUUGAUUUGCUGAGAUCACAUUAUGGAUUCGAUCAAGAAAGAUUUGUGUGCGCCCUUGGGUCAAGUUGGUCAAUACCUGUCGAACUUAUUAUCGGACCUGAUUUGGGAAUAUCAUGUAUGGCACAUGGUAGCGGAACUACGUCUACGAGAAUAGCUGAAUUCUCACAAAUUCAGUCGAUUCAGACUCUCGUAUCAGAUUGCAAAGAACAUGCCAAGGCUUCUAUUAAACUUCGAGUCGCUGGUGCUGUUGAACCAUUGAGUAUUACCUGUUCAAGUUUAGAUCAAGCAGAGAGUCUUGCAGAUUUGCUUGAUGGAUAUUGCAGAGUAGUUACUGGAUCAAAUACAUCUUUGUGGAAUCGAACAGCUGCUCGGUGGAAAAACUAUCCUUGCCCCUGUAAAGAUGCACACCCACCCAAGUAUCGUCAAGAUGGAAAUAACAGUCUGGAAAAAAAAUUGGAUAAAACAGGAACAAUAGUAUUUGAAGAUUAUGCAGAAAUAAUUGAUGAAGAAGGGGAUUAUUCUACCCCUGCAGCUCGUGAUUAUGAGAUAGUGAGGAAUCAAGUGGAAUUAGGUGAAAUCAUAGGUGAAGGUCAAUUUGGUAAUGUCCACAAGGGUUCUUAUAAGGCACGAGAUGGGCAAAUUACUGCAGUUGCAGUAAAAACUUGUAAAGUCGAUGCAGACUUGGCAACUGCGGAAAAAUUUCUAGAAGAAGCUUAUAUAAUGCAACAAUUUGAACAUCCCUAUAUUAUUCGAUUAAUUGGUGUUUGUUCGGAGGCUCCUAUCUGGCUUGUCAUGGAACUUGCAAGGCUUGGAGAAAUGAGAGCCUAUUUGCAAUCGAAUAAACAUCGUCUGGAUCUAUCAACAUUGCUCCUCUAUACUUUUCAACUUAGUACGGCACUGUCCUACUUGGAGUGUAAAAAAUUUGUUCAUAGAGAUAUUGCCGCUAGAAAUGUAUUGGUAUCGUCUCAUACGUGUGUUAAACUGGCUGAUUUUGGAUUGAGUAGAUGGGUAGAGGAUCAGAGUUAUUAUAUUGCUAGUAAAUGCAAAUUACCCAUUAAGUGGAUGGCACCCGAAAGUAUUAAUUUCCGGAGGUUCACCACAUCUUCAGAUGUUUGGAUGUUUGGUGUUUGUAUGUGGGAAAUAUUGAUGCUUGGUGUUAAACCAUUUCAAGGAAUAAAGAAUAAUGAAGUUAUACGUAAAUUGGAAAAUGGCGAACGCCUUGCAUUACCUGAGCAAUGCCCUCCACGUUUAUAUUCAUUAAUGUCUCAAUGUUGGAGUUAUGAGCCCAGUAAAAGACCGACGUUCAAAGAUAUUCGGGAAAAUUUACAUGAAAUUUUAUUGGAGGAAAAACAUCAACAGCAAGAAACCAUGAAAAGAGAAAAUCGAAGAGUUCAAGCAAUGUCAUGGGGCGCGGAUGAUGCACCACCAAAACCCUCCCGUCACUUUCAAUCGUCUGACUCAUCAGCAGCAGCGACAUCAACAACCGCAGUAGCAGCAGCUGCAGUGAUGCCACCUGUUCCAGUUUCUACUUAUAUUAUAGCACAAAGUCCAGAAGUCCUUGCUCAAUUAAUGAAGGAGAAUCAAGAACGUGGAGUAUGUCCAUCAGUCUACACUACCCCGGCUUCAGCCUUCAACACUUUGGCAGUACAAUUCCAAGAGGAAGACAAAAUAUUAACAACUGCCUCAGCUUGCGACCUUCCUUUUUUCAAUCCUUCCUCAGGGAGUUCUCAAGCUGAUAUUCAAUCUUUAGAAAUGCAAUCAGAAGCCAGUCUUAUUUCUUUAAACUCAACCGAUACAAUAUCUUCAAUGACUUCUAAUAUCAGUAUAACAGAAGCGACGGCUCAUAAUCAUUUGUCAGUCCAAUCUAAUAAAUAUCUACAGCCACAUCCUUCAAAAAUUGUUAAAGAGAUGCAAAAUGUUCAAAAUUUAUAUGCUGUGAAUUCAAGAAUGCACAGUAAUGUGCCAUCCGAUCUAUUAUAUUCAUCGGCACAAAAAAUCUCUGGGGUUGCUACAUCAACACCUGAUAUAUAUGCUCCAGUUGCUAAAUUCACGCAGAGCUGUACUAUUAUCGGUACAUUAUCUCAAAUAAGUGCUACAGUAGGGAGUAAGUCUGACACUUGCGAAAAUUCUGAUUCAAAUUCCUUGGCUUGUAUGAAUGAUUGCCAAAAUUUACAAAAUGAUUAUCAACCGCCUCAAAUACAUUCCCAUGCAUCUCAUCAACUCAAUUGUUCACAAUAUCCAGAGUCACUCAGUGUUGAUCAAUUAACUCCUAGUUCAACAAAAUUGAAUGUCGGGAAUAUGAGUACAGUCGCCGUUGCUGAAUGCUUAUACGGGCCAGUUUUGAAAUUUCAUCCUCAAAUAGCUCAAAAUAAAAAUGGAGCUGAUCGAAAACAAAAUCAAUUAACUCUAUCUCAUCAGCAGGAUAUUCAAUAUAUAUACGCAUCUAGAUCAUAUAGCCCAGUGGGUCAUUAUCAAUUGACACGAAAGACUGGUGAAACCUUGAGUGGAUCCAAAGAUUCAUGUCUUAAUGAAGGGUCUUCUAUCUAUCCACCUUUGAUAAAUCCUCACAUGAUGAAAACAGGAUCAAAAUUAUUACAUCAAGAAUUUAGAGCAGACAGUGCUGAUGAUCAUAUCCCAAUCACUCCUUAUAUUGAAUAUGUUCCAUCACAGCCACUAAUAAUAACAGCCAAUCAAUCUGUUAAAUCCCAGCUUCAGGCCAGAACUGAUAUUUUGGAACAAAUUAGGGAUAAUAAAGAUGAUGAUGAUGAUGGUGGUGAUGAUGAUGAUGAUGAUGAUGAUGAUGAUGAUGAUGAUGAUGAUGAUGAUGAGGAUAAUAAUGGGCAUGAUGGUGAUGACGAUGAUCAUAAUGAUGAUAAUGAUUAUAAGAAAUUGAACAGAUAUGAUAAAGGGAAUAUGGGUGGGUCUAUGGUUUCAUCUUUAGUCAGCGCGGCAGUUCUGUCCUCUUAUGGGUCAAAUGAAGAGGUACAGCAUGCGCAGUUUUCAAGGACAACCUUGUCGCCGCUUUUUCAAAAUACCGUUCAAGAUAAUACUAGUAUUAUUGAGCAACAAAAGUUAUUGGAACAAAGGCUAUUCGAACAAGCUCGACAAAGUGAAGAAGAUGGACGUUGGCUUGCUAGGGAAGAAAAACGGUUGUCCAUUGCAACUAGCGGUGAUGAGAGCACUAGUCCUCCAAUACCACGUUCAAUCACGGAAUCUCCGAUUCAGGAUGCCCACAGCACAAAUACCUCGUCUCUUGGGUCAGAGAGGGGUGACAAAUUAAUAGUAAAAAAACUAGAACCGACUCCGACCGCAGACUUGAAUAGAUCAAACGAUAGGGUUUAUGAUUGUACAACUAAUGUAGUACGAGCAGUUAUGUUUCUGUCUCAAGGUGUGCAACAGAGCAAAGCUGAGCAAUAUUUAGAGCUUGUUCGAAAAGUUGGAAUCGAACUUCGAUCACUAUUAUCAUCAGUUGAUGUGUUGAUUAACAUAUUGCCAGUUUCCGCACACAGAGAAGUUGAGAUGGCUCACAAAGUUCUAUCCAAAGAUAUGGCUGAUUUAGUAUCUGCAAUGAAAUUAGCUCAAACAUAUAGUUCUACAACACUGGACGUCGAAUAUCGUCGGGGAAUGCUUGCUGCUGCCCAUGUGUUAGCAAUGGAUGGAAAAAAUUUACUCGAUGUUAUUGAUUCGAUAAGAGUUCGUUAUCCUCAUAUUGAUAGUCAAAUAUGUGAAAAAUAUCGUAGUAAUUUUGAGUGUGGAUCAUCUGAUCAGACUCUUUCCAAGAAUACAUUACUUUCCAGUCAUUCUGGUGAGCUUUCAUUACGUAGAAGUAAAUCAAACGAAAGAUCAGAUGUUGUUUUUAAUGAUAGCCAUAGUGGACAUGUUCUCCAUAAACUGGGACAAUCUACAAAUAGAGCUCUCCCUUCCAGUCCAUCUGAUAUUGUUAUAACGUCCAAUUUAAGCCGCGAAAAAGAUCAUAGAAUGCUGACAAAUAGUCUUGAGAGAAAUUUAAAUUGUAAAAAACAAUUAGUCACCACUAAUAGCUUGGAAAGAAAGAAACCAACUGCCAUUGUCAGCUCUUAUUCUUUCCAAAAUUCAAUUAGUCUAUCACCUCUACAACUGACUCAAUCUGUUAAUCAUCAAAUGUUGGGUAUUCACCAGUUGGCAAGAGAUGAUGAUUGUGAAGAUAAAACACUCAGAGAUGAAGGAGGUGCUGACAGCUAACUGAACAUUUCAAAAGCAUGAGUUUGUUUGAUUUUUCAUUAGAAGAAGAAAUUGUUGAGCACGAUGUAUAUGGAAAAAUAUUCCCUCCUUAAUGAAGGUAAAAAAGUUGAUAAAUUUUUUUUUUUAAUUAUCGACAAAUGUAAAGUGUUCGGCGUUGUUUCUAACUGAUUAUAUUCUUGAAUAUUUCAAUGAUGAAUCUGAAUGCUCUAAGGAGACUCGACAAACUUAUGAUUCUAAUUGAAGAUUAUUCUACAGAUAUUGAGUCGUUUCAAAGCGUACUUAUGAAUAAUAAACAACAGUAUUGCAUAGUUAUUAACGAAUGAAAAAAUGUUUGAAUCUAAUCCCCCAAAGUCUCAGGAUAAUUGCUACUUGAAUUUACUAUUUCACUUUUUAUAAAUACAUCAUAACAUUUAGAGACAACAUUUAUAAAAUUAUGCUUAUAUCAUUAUAACAUUACUGAAUAUGAUGUAUUAAUGUUUUAUUCCAUAUAUUGACAAUGUGACAGUUGUAAGAUUGAUUCUUGAGAAAAAAAACCUUCUGGAUACGUGCCCUAGCUUUACUUUUUUCUCAAAAAUGUCUAUUCAUAUAAAAAGAAAAACUAGACAAAUAUAUGUAUGGAUGGAAGGGGAUGGUGAAAUAAUCGUAAUGUAUUCGUAAUGCAAAAUUAUGUCCAUUCAAUAUGUGAAUCACUGCCGAAUCCUAUCCAAAAAAUUAUAUCAUUUGCAUGUUUUUUUUAAUAUGGAAUAUUUUGUAUAGAAAAUAUUCGAAUAAGUUAUUAGUUUUGUCUUACCAGCAAAUUCUUUAACAAAUGAUUUAAUUUCAAUGCCUAGAUUUUUUUUUAUCAACAAUAUUGAUUUAUACACGAUUAUUAUAUAAAUUUAGUUGGCCCGAUGAAUUUCUGAAUUAUUUAUGUUAUGUUUAUAGUGUAAUGUGAUGAACUAAUGCAACACUGUAUUCAUGUUAUAAUAAAUUGUGUGUAAUUUUUUGGUAUAUUAACGACGAAGUGGCGAAAAGCUGAUGAAAUGAUAAAUUAUCCGUAGAACAAACUCUUAGUUGCUUUAAGCGCGUGCAACGUGCAAUGUAUUGUACGAUGUGAUUUAUAAGAUAGAUUGAUACUGCCAAGAAAAUAUUAUGAUUGUCGGGUUAAUUGCGUAUCAUUCAGUGAGGAGGAAAAAAAAAGUUACCUUCAAUAUUCAUGUUCUCAAUUGCUCUUGUGUAAUUCUAUAACUUUCUAAUUCAACCCAAUACUCACUGCCUAGUAAUCAAUCAUUAUAAAUUUUACUAAUAAUAACUUUGGUGUAAAAAUUACAUUGUAUUUUGUUUUUUUUUUUUAUAUCGAGGUGUAAAUAAAAUAUUUGAGUUUCGUUUUUAACAAUAUUAAA